AUGCCUGGAGCAGCUACCAACAGUAGUGUUGUUGACAUGCGGCUGUGCAGACAGCGUGCGGAAGGCCACGCCGCCGUUCUCGCCAUCGGCACUGCGAACCCGGCCAACAUCGUACCUCAGGAUGAGUUUGCCGACUACUACUUCGGCCUCACCAACAGCGACCACCUCACUGACCUCAAGGACAAGAUGAAGAGAAUAUGUCAUAAAUCUAACAUAGAGAAGCGGUAUAUCCACCUUGACGGCAAGAUUAUCAACGCUCACCCAGAGAUCAUCAACAAAGACCUGCCCUCCCUUGAUGCUCGAGUAGACAUAGUCUCCACCGAGGUCCCGAAGCUUGCUGAGUCUGCUGCUCGGAAGGCAAUCGCUGAGUGGGGUCGUCCAGCGACUGAUAUUACCCACCUCAUCUUCACCACUUACUCUGGUUGUGGUGCUCCAAGCGCCGAUCUCAAGUUAGCGUCACUGCUCGGCCUCCGCUCUUCCGUCUCUCGCACCAUCCUCAACCUCCAUGGAUGCUCUGGUGGUGGCAGAGCGCUCCAACUUGCCAAGGAGAUUGCUGAGAACAACCGAGAUGCGCGUGUUCUUGUAGCUUGCUCAGAGCUAACUCUAAUAUGCUUCUCGCCCCCAGAUGAAAGCAAAGUUGUGGGCCAUGGUCUAUUUGGUGAUGGUGCUGGUGUCGUCAUUGUCGGUGCUGGCCCCUUCGCCCUCGGUGAGCGCCCGUUAUUUGAGAUGGUCGCCGCAUCCCAAACCACAAUACCAGGAACUGAGCAUGCACUUGGCAUGCAGACCAAGAGCAACGGCAUAGAUUUCCAUCUCUCCAUCGAGGUGCCGAAGCUGAUCAAGGAAAACAUCCAUCAAAGCUUGCUCAAUGCUUUCCAGUCAGUUGGAAACAUGGAUCCAAACUGGAAUGACAUAUUCUGGGCAGUUCAUCCGGGUGGGCGCGCGAUCCUGGACAAUAUAGAGAGCAAGCUCGAGCUAGAACCAUGCAAGCUUGAUGCGAGCCGCCAUGUUCUGAGUGAGUAUGGGAACAUGAGUGGUGCAACUAUUGCAUUUGUUCUUGAUGAGUUGCGCCACCGUCGUGAAAAGGAACAAGGAGGGCAGCCGCAGCCUGAGUGGGGAGUAAUGCUGGCCUUUGGACCAGGAAUCACGAUUGAGGCAAUGGUGCUACGUAACCCAGUCUUACGCAACCUUAAUUAAAAUUCCACCACUAAAAAUAAAAUAUGAA